CAGUACAAAGGCUAGGGAGAGGCAAAAGAAAGCGCACGGCGAACGCUGGGAAGCUUUCCCAACCGGCAUCCCCUGCACUCUCACCUGGUCCCCUUUCUAACCCCCGGUCCAACCCCUCAAGGGAGCCACUGGGAAGGACAGAUUACUAAUGCUGUGAUGUUUGCUGUAAUGCAAGAUUAGAUAUUAAUAGGUCACCACAUCUUAGACUACUCGGCAGAGGUCUGAACGUUAAGAAAACUCGAAGUUAGUUUACAAUGUUCUGGGAUUUCACCAACCCAGUAAGUCACGAAACGCAAUAAUGAAAUUUUCCCAUCGUAAGCGGUCUAGCUUACGAAGAAACUUUCCAAAAUCGUUUUUUCGGGAGUUCCUUUAUUUUCGCGAAACAGGGGGUCGGAUUAAGCUCUAUAUUUGUAAGGAAACAAAGAAGAAAAUCAACUUGACAUGCAAGGUGCUAUAGCUAGGUACAAACGUGCAAGAGGAUUAGAGAGUAUUUUCCCCACGACACUUCGAGUUGAAUAGGUUAUAGGGAGGUAAAAGAAGUAAUAAUUUAGACGAGUUUUGACCGAUUUAUAAUUCUCUUUAGUUGGCCAUGUUUUCAGUUCUCUGAUGGUCCAUUUGAUUACUACAGGAUUAAACUGCGUCCACGCGUGCUACGAAACGUUUCCCAGCAAGACAUCUCUGUCACAGUCCUGGGUCAAAAGCUAAGCAUGCCAAUUUGUGUUUCACCUGUUUCUUUCCAAGCGAUGGCGCAUCCAGAUGGAGAACUUGCCACAGUCAGAGCGGUGAAAUCUGUGGGUACAGCUGUAGGCGUGAGUAUAUACUCCACAUAUAGCCUGGAACACCUCGCGCGAGACUCUCCAACCACGAUCAAGUUUAUGCAGAUCCAGCUGUACACGGAUCGCCAGUUUAUGGUGGACUUGUUAAAACGAGCCGAGAAAGCGGGAUAUCAGGCAAUUAUCUUAACAGUGGACGUCCCGGUCAAAGUCUUCGGGAGACAUAAAGACAGGGCGAAUUUUUCUGUUCCCAAGCAUUUGAAGGGAUUUGCUAAUUUCCCUAACAGCNCCAAUGGAAAGAUGAAUUUUCAUGGAGGGUCUUGA